AUGGCGCAAACACCACAACAACGCCAGGCAAACAUGCGUUUCGCCAAGGCCCAGGAGAAGAGGAUGGGCCAGCCCGUGUCAACGGAGCCUAUAGUGAAGAAGAAGGCGCCUCAGAAGAGCCCUAUUAGCAGGUUCUGGAUCGUUGUUCUUGCCUUCAUACUAGUCGGUGGUCUUCUGUUUGAGGUCCUUAAGCUCUUCUUUUAG